GUUCUGCAGUUUGUGAUUAUCCGUGCAAAUAAAAGCGGCAUUUCCUCUUAAAAGUUCCCAGUCGGUUUUUAUCCUGUACGACGAAUACGUUUUUUAGUGUUACAAAAUGGGGUGUGCAAGCGGCACAGUUAAAUUAUUAUUACAGACUGCCAAUCUGCUGUUUUGUUUGGCAGGAUUGGGUUUGAUAGCUAUAGGAGGAUUAACCUUAAACAACUAUCACAAAUAUGAUGACGCCAUUCCAGACGAUUUCCAAAGUCUCCAGUUGGCCCCGAUUUUCACAAUUGUUGUGGGAUCGAUCAUAUUCUUUAUUUCUUUCAUGGGAUGCUGUGGGGCUUGCCAGGAAAAUACCUGUAUGCUUUCUACAUAUGCAGUGAUAUUAUUGGGCAUCCUCCUUGUUCAGGUUGGUUUGGGUAUUUACGCUUUUAUGGAAAUAAAAAAUGAUGACCAACUACAACAUGCUAUCACAAAACAAUUGGAAAUUAUAUACAAAAAUGACAAAGAUCACGAGGUUAGGGACAUGAUCGAAAAAGAGUUACAAUGCUGUGGUUAUGACGGAUUUAUAACAUCUGCGCUUAAUGGACAAAUAUGUAUAGAUCCAACUAAACCACCAUGUGAUAAGGCCAUUUUAAAUUUAAUCCACACAUCCUUUAAAUAUCUUGGGUACACUCUUUUAGGAAUGUUAGCAACUGAGUUGAUUUGCAGCGUCUUCGCAUUAUUUUUGGUCAACUCAAUCAAGAACGAAGGAAGAAGGGGAAAAUACUACCAAUAAAAAGUUUUUUUAUUUUUUUAAAGAGAAGAAAUUCCAAAAAAGUUUGUUAAACUUUAUUUAUGUAAAUUAAGACUACUACCGUGUUUUAUAAUAAUGAAAAAAGAUUUUUACAAUAAAACAAAUAAUAAAAUAUAUAA